AUGGCAUUAGGUUGGGAGCUAGUUAUCCCACUGCCUGCCAGUCUCAGCUUUAUAAUUCUCGUUUUGUUAGUUAGUGGAAUUUUGGAGGUGUUUUCUUGGUGUCGGAGCCAGAAGCAGGUGGCACCCAAGACAAAGGCUUCGAAGCAACAGACCCAGAAGCUCACAGCUUCAGAGGCAGAAGAAGCCAGGCUACGUUUUAUCGGAAAUGACGAAGUGAUGGGUAUUUCAGGAUUGAAUAUUGACUGGACCCAGGAAUACGCACUGUGGACAGUAUACAAGCGUCUUGGACGGAUCUUACGACAAUUGGAAAAUGCAAGGGAGACACUUGUGGAGCAAAGUCUACAUGAGUCCCAAACUGUGUCUUCUUCCUCUGUCUCUGACUUUGUGGCUCAGAAGGUUGUCUCACCUGGCUACUGCUGUAAAAAGGGAAAGCGUUAUAGUGAGUACAGCACGUCCUCUGGAUCCUCCAACAUCAGCUCGAGCCUGUCUUCUUUCCCUGUCCUUUAUGAAGGAACAACUUUGCAAUUCCACAGCAAUAGUGGACCUGUUUCCCCUCCAAAGGCACCCUCUGUGUCCGGGAACCAAGGCACACCCCAGAGUACUUUUAAGAUGACAGAUCCUGAAAAUUCAGGGUUUUUUCAGGAUUUGUCAGUUCUUCCUCCCUUACAUGGGCCAAAUUCUAUUUUGAAUGAGAGCCCGGGACCGCCAGUACGGUCUCCACUCCAGCUCUCUCCUUCUGUCAGAGGAGACCUGGAAGGGCAUAUAUCUUGGAAGGCUUCUGCUUUGCAGAAAAAACUAGUACCUCUGCCUGUGAAGAAAUCUUUGGAAAUGCUCAAUGAUCUGGCAGAGGUACCAGGGGUCUCUGAACAAGAGAGCCCCAAGACUCAGUUGCCUAUACCCGUUCCUCAGAGAGCUGAGGAAAGUACAUACAGAUCUCCAGGUGUUUCAUCGUUUCAUUUACUGAAAAAGGAUCCAAAGCACCUGUCAGAACAGAGUAUAGAACAGAGGGUCAUAGGUCUUCCAGAAAAGAGGGUACAGCCACAAAAGGCACAAGUACCUAAAGUGGAACUGACACCCAAGAUGCCGUAUUCAGCCAAAGACAGCAUGAAGGUCACGCCUCUGCCACUGCGUCAGGUUGUGGACUUAAUGGGAAUCAGCCCAGAAGCACACUCAGAGGUGAUCAAAUCUGUGAGGUUUUUUCCAAAGCCAUUGACUCCAGGACAGUCUCAUCAGGACAUGGACUCUUCAAAAUUCACCCCAUGGCGCAAAGAAUUGGGCUGUUCAAAGGACCUGGCCACAAAUGAAGACUCCUCCAUCACAUCACCAAGAUGUAUGGAACACAUCCAUUCAGCAGCACCACAGGACUUGCAAGGGGAUAUCAAUAUGGUGGAGUUGACCCCAAGACCAUCACUAGAAGAUACAAAAUCUGUAAAUUUGGCCCCAAAACAAUGUUCACAGAACAUCAGCUCUGAUAAGGUAGCCCACAUUACGGUGCUUGAAGACAUGAAGGCUUCACUCGUAGAAGGUACAAGUUUAAUUCCUGAGGCCCUGGUGGAAACUGUGAAAGUUGGUGAGUUGAUCCCAAGCACACACCUUGAUGCAGUAAAACUUUUAGAAGUGAGCCCCAACUCAAGUCAUCACAUCCCAGAACCAGAAGGGCUGACCCUACAGCAGCAAGCCUCAAAAGUGAGGGUGACCCCUGCUACCUGUCAUCAGAUGGUAGAAUCUUUAGAGUUGACACGGUCGUCAUUAGCAAUGACUCCAGCACCACUGACCCCAAACUCAGAGUCUAUGGAAAUGAGCCUGUCACCACUCCAAGAAGGUCUUGAAACCCAAGCUGUAAAAGGAAGGAAAGAGACUCCAGAGUCACGACACGCAGUCAAAAAUACUCCAGAUUUGCUACCAAAAUCAGAAGUGACAAACAUAAACUCAGAAGGGAUGGCUCCAGAGCCACAGCCCCCAGAUGUGAAGUUGGCGCGUGUGACUCUAGAAUCAGAUUCAGAAGUUACUAACUCAUCAGAAAUAACUCUGAGAUCAGAACACAAAAACCCAGUAAAUAUCAGAUUGAUAUUGCCUAAACUGGAUCACACACAGGGAACCACUGCAGAAACAUAUUCAGAAGUGGGGUCUCUGGGGUUGACUCUAGAACCAGGAGCACGAUGCGAGAGAUCAGAGUCAUUGGCACAAAAUUUGAAAUCUUCAGAAUUAUCAGAAUUAACCUCUGAACCGUCUACCCUAGUUGUAGAACCUACAGAGUUAACUACAGGACCCAAACCUCAUAUUAAAGAUGUGAUCCCAAGGCCACAGCUCCAUAAAGUAGGAUUUAGGCAACUGGAUACAGAAUCACAGUUCUCACAUGAGCAAUCUGUGAGUUUAACACAACUGUCAUCUAGAGGAGUGGUAGAGCCUGAAAAGGCAAAUCCAGAGACAUGGCUACAGGGUUCAUCACUAAAGGAAUUGAUCAAGGGGACACAACCUCCAAAAGUGAAAUCCAUGAAUUUGAAUGUAGGCCUACAACAGCCAAUUGUCAACUCAGGAUUGAUUCCAGGACCACAAUUACAAAGCAUCAGAUUUCAAAAUUCAUAUCAAGGGUUAAACCUUCAAAGGGAAACACCAGUAAAUCUCAUCUCAGACCCCUCGUAUCAUCCUGUGAGACCUGAUGAUGUGACAUCAUUUUCUCCACAGCCUGGAAUCAGGUUAACAGACUUUUUUUCAGAUCCAAAGGCCCUAGAAGCACAACCACACCACGUGACACCUGUGGAGGUAAACCAAGAGCCAUGCUUGCAAACUGUGAAAAUUUCUGAUCUGACCCCAGAGCCCAAGCACCAUGGUUUCAAAAAUACGCAGUUCAUCCCAGGUGUUCUGCUUCAGGAGAGGAAGUCUCAGGGAUUUAUACCACAAUCCCUAAGGCCACUAAGGCAGGAGCCACCUGCUCUGCCUACAGAAGGACAGGACCUUAGCAGAAUGAAAUCCGCAACACAAACCUCUGAACUGCGGUAUCCAAGUGGGCUGUCUCUGGGUGUAAGCCCAAGACUGUGGCAACAAGAUACUAAGUUUUCUGAUUUGGCUCCAGGGCCAAAACUUGAAGGAGUCAAAUUUGGGAAGCAAAGCACAGGACUGGUGCUUACUGGUGUAACUUCUGAGACUCCACAGUUAGUGACUCAUGUUCCCAAACUAACAAAGAUGACUCCAGGGUUACAAGAUACGAGGCAGGCGAAUUUUAACUCAGGGCCUCUCCUAAAAGAUGUCAAAUUUUUUGAUGCACCAAGAACUCAACUUCAAGGUGUGAAAAUUCCACAGCUAAACUUGGGCCCACAGUUAGAAAGUGUAAAAUUAUCUGAAUGGACCAAACAGACAGAGAGACAAAGGAUGAAGCCAGAGUUGACAGUACAAGAGUCUCUGUUUCGAGGCAUAAAACACGUUACAGGGAAUCAAGUACCUGGCUUUGAAGACAAAAUGCCAUGUAGAGUGGCAUGUGAUCCACAGAUAGCGAAUGCAGGAUCGAUGAGACUGACUUCUGGGAUAAACUUAGCACACGCAGAUCAUUCUGAGUUGAUCAGAAGACCACAGGCCCAAGGUAUAGGAUCUUCUGAAUUGAUCCAAGGACCUGUGGAGGUCUCAAAGCAAGAAAAGCUGACAGCUGUAGAGAUAACAUCAGGGCCAAAUUUGGAAGCUAUGAAAUCUAUGCAGUUAAGGUCAAGUUCAGAGCUGGGACAAGUCAAAUGUAUGCUGUCAGCUGCAGGGAUGCAAGCAGGAGAUAGAAAACAAGAUAGGGAAUCUGUGAUUUUAACCCCAGGACAAUGUCUAGGAAGGAUAAAAUCUACUGUGGUAUCCCCAAGCAGUUCCCAGCCAGUAGAUAUAAAAACUGUGAGUAUUUCAGGUUCAAGGAUUAAAGACUUGAAAAUUGUGGGUUUGUUUGGUGAUAUACAGCCUCAGGAUGCAAAUGCCAUGGGUUUCAAACAUGAACCACAGAAGCUCGGGGAGCAUCCUGUGACCUCUGUAUCAGGAGUGCUGUCUCAAGAGAAUCCUAUGGAGGGCGCUCAAGGGCCGCAACUGCAAGGCAUAAAGCCCAAGGCAGUGACUUCACAACCUCAAAUUACAGAUAGGAAACAUGCGGUUACCUCAUGUUUGGAACAGCAGAGUCUAAAACCUGGGGCUGUGGCCAAAAUACAAGAGAUCCAAGGGAUGGAAUUUGCAGGACUAGCCUCAAAACAACAGCGUCAAGGGAUGGAACCUAUUGAUUUAACUCCUGUACCUGGACAGGAUGGCCAGAUAUUGAUAAACUCACCUGAUUGGAAAUGUGGGACUUUCAACCAACUGAACAAACAGUUUGACUCAGAUCAAGAAUCCAAACCUGCAGAUGUAAAAUCCAGAGAGAUUAACUCUAAGGUGCAAUUCAAAGAUUUGUCAUUUGAAUUGGCGCCUAAACCAGCUGUGCAUAGGGUAGAAGGCAACGAGCAGCAACAUGGCGUACAGGUGCCAAGUGUGAAACCUUGCCAGUUGACUCCAGCACCACAAAUUCAUCAGGCAAAAGUCUCGGAGUUAAGGUCCCAGCAACAGUGGCCAGGGGUGAAAACUGUAUUACUAACUACAGAAUCACAGACCGGAAGCACAAAGUCUACUCAAUGGAUACCAAUAUCUGAAUUUCAAAAUGAGAAACGCAGAGAGUCAAACUUGAAGUCACAGUCUCAAGGUGUCGGGCCUACAGAACCGGAGCCAUCUACACAAUGGAGAGGUGUGAAGUCAUCUGAAUUGACUGACAGGUCAAAAGAUCGAGGAGAAAAAUCUGUGGCAUUUCAUCUUGAGCCACAGUUGCAGCAAGUAAAAACCUCUCUGCUAGCAAUAGGGCUUCAGAAACCAAAAACUUUCAACUUAACUUCAGAGCCACAGCCUCAGGGUCUCGAAACUGCGGAGGUAACCAAGGAGCCACGGGUUGAAAGUAUAAGAUCUAUUCAGUGGAUACCAGGACCUGAGUUCCAUGGUGCAAAGUUCUUAGGACUAAACUGUGGUUUAUCAUCUCAAGGUGUCAAGUCUACAGAACGGAAACAAUCCACACUGUUGGGAGUUGGGAAGCCACCUGAAGUGAUUCUGGAGCCAAAACAUCAAGGGAAAAAAUCUGUGGAUUUUAAACCAGAGUCAGAGCUAAAAAGGGAGGAAAAUCGUGCAUCAACCUCAGAGCCGCAGCCUCAAGGUGUGAAAAAUGUGCCAUUACAGUAUGGGACACAGCUUGAAAAUACAAAACCUGUUCAGUGGAGUCCGCUGUCUGACUUCCAGCUUAAGAAAUCUAUGCUGAAUCUUGGGGUACAAUCUAUAGGCAUCACACACAAAGAAUUAAAACCCUCAGCACAACUAAUAGAUGAGAAGACGUCAGAUCCAUUGACUACAAGGCCCAAGAUACAAGGCAUACAACCUUCCGUGCCAGCCGACGAAUAUUCAUCUCACAAGUUCAAAAGUAUUGAUUUUAAUUUUGAGCUACAAUUUAAAAGGAUAAAACCAUGUGACCCAGCAUUAAGGUCAAAGGUCAGUGAUAUAAAAUCAGCGACAGUCAAACCCAGGUUUCAUUGUGAAGACAGGAACUCUGCUGAAUUGACCCCUGGAAUACAGCCACAGGAAGUAAAACCCCUAGGGUCAUGCCCAGGAACACAGCCUCAAGAUGUGACAUCUUUAGUGUUGAAACCAGAGUCACAGUCAUCGCAAGUGAAACGUGGGGUGUUUAGCCAAAGGCCACAAUCGCAAAACAAUAAAAACACAGAGUUGAAAAGUGCAAAAGUCUCUGAGUUGGCACUGCAGACAAAGCCUCAAGGUAGGAAGCCUGAGCUCCAGUCUGGGUCCCAGUGGCAAAGGGCAAAAUGUCCUGACUUGACACCUGAAACAAAGUCCCAAAAGAUGAAAUGUGUCGAGCUAAGUCACAGCUCACCACUGGAAGGUAAGUCACUUACUGACUUAACCAUGGAGACCAAAAUACAAAAUGAAAUCAAACCUAAUCUAAAGUUAGAAGGUGAGAAACCAGAUUCCACGCCAAAGAAAUUGAUUUUAGGCACAAGGUCUGUAGGGCUUGAUUCGCGCCCCCAUUUGCAAGAAUCAAAAUACCCUGAGCUGGUCAUGGGCACAGAACUUCAAGGUGCAGAUGCUAUGGGACAACACUUUGCAAGUAUAAAAUCUUCUCAAGUGGUAACACCGACAAAAUCCCAAAGUGGAACAUCAGUGAACUUCAAUUUUGGACCACAGACACUAAAUAAAAAUCCAUUUGAAUUGGUUCAGGGAAAAAACAUAGAACCUUCUCAGGUGUGUACAGAGACUAAGCUUCUAGAUGACUCAUCUCUGGAAUUCAAGCAUGAGCCUAGAUUGCAAGGUAGGAAAUCCAAUGACUGGAGUCACUGUAAAAAUGUUAUGUCACCCAACACUGGGAUGGAGGAUGCAGACUCCUCAGAGUUGCAUCCUGGUCCAGACCUUCAAGGUAUAAAGUCUAAGGUGUUCUACCUUGGGCCACAUUUCAAAGAUGUGAAUUCUGCAUGUUUUCCCAAUGCAGAUUCUCAAUAUAUAAAUUCCAGCAGGUGUACACCUGGGUCACAUUGGCAAGCUAGUAAAUCUGCAUGCGUUCCAGAGCCAAAGCCACAGUGUAUAAAUUCGGUGUGCACCCCUGCAUCACAUUUGCAUGGAAUGAACUCUUCCACAUGCCUUUCAGGAUCAAAAUUGCAUUGUAUAGAUUCUACUGGGUGCAACUCUAAGGCACGUUUUCAAGACGUAAAUUCUUCUGCAAGCUCCCUAGGGUCAAGUCCCCAGUGUGCAAAGUCUGCUGAGUGCAAGCCUGAAGCACAUUUGCAAAGUGUGGGUCAUUCGACAUCAGUUCCAUCGGUUCCAAUAGAAUCACGGGAUCAAAUUAUAAAUUAUGUAAGUGUUAGUCCAAAGCCACUAGAUCAAAUGUUAAAAUCUGCAUUGAUUCCCAAACCACUGUUUCUGACGGCAAAAUCUGAUGACUUAGCACCAGGACCAUGUCCUCAGGUUAUCGAACCAAUAGGAGUCACCACAAGUUCAAGCAUUAAAGUAAAGGAGUGUUUGGAUUUACUCCCGAGACCACAUCUUCAAGAGCAGGAAACACCUAUGGAGUUAACGCCAAGGGCAACUGUUGAAAUGAAUUCUGCAGAGUUCAUCUUACAGCAGACAUCUCCACUUGAGGAACCGACAGUGUUAACACGUGAGCAAAGGCUUCAUGCUGAAAGAUCUCUAGGGCUCAAAACAGAAUCACCUAAGGCAAUGGAAAUUGAGGAUUUGAAUGAAGAACUGGUGUGUCCAAAUAGCAACAAAGAAAUGAUGACAUCAGAAAAACUACAAGCAGAGAAUUACUUCUCUAGAGUCAUACACAGCCCUUCAAACCCAUUUAUUACAGGCUCUGUCAAAUCGACAGAAUUUGGGCACCUUCAGGGAUCUUGGAUGCCAAAAGGAUCAAGAACUUUGUCUAUGAAGAACCUUGGGGUUGGUAUUUUACAGCCUGCAGAGCCCUAUACAGACUCUAUUAUUUUUAAAUUAUCAGCUCUUCUCUUGGCUCUCCAUAAUCAACCCCGUGAUAAAGCAGAGAACACCGUGGGACCCCCAUAUCCUGAGAUCUGGGAGAGGGACCUCAUAUCUAAGAAAGGAGCUAAAAAGAAGCACAUGGAGGAAUUUGGGGAUUCACUCCAUAGUGCUUCUCCGUAUCCACUGAGAUUCCUACCAGAGGAGUUUCAGACAGGAAUAGGGACUCGAAGAAGCCCUUUGCGUUCUUUCCUGGGCAGACGACAGAAUGUCUGGGAAAGCCAUGUCUGCAGGCAGCGACUACCUAGGAAAUAUCUCUCCAGUAUGCUGAUGCUGGGGAGUGUUCUGGGAAGCACGAUGGAAAAGAAGCUUUGCUCUCAGCCAUUUUUAACAGAAGGAUCCACUAUGGAGAUCUGUCGAUCUAUCCAGAAUUUAUUUGGGGUUCCAGAUGAACUGAUGGAAUUUUCCCAGAGCCUGCUAGAGAGGGGUCCAAGAACUGUUUCACAGAAUUCAGUUAAAAACUAUAUUCAGAGACAUAUUUGUUGUCACAAGAAGAGAACACCUUUGAAAACGUGGACACGCAGCUCCACCUCUUCCAUAAUACGGCAAUACUCUGGCACUAGACUGGGAAUAAAGAAGACAGACUCAAAGCUCAGUCAAACAUUCCAGGAAGUCCCUCAGCAAGAGCCUGCCUCGUGUUCAGGGCCCCAGUCUCCUGCAUUAGUGAGACCAGAGUCUACUCUUGGGAUACUUUACAAUAUGGAUGAUCAUCCUCUUUCCAGGAAGGAGAGUAAAACCUCACAGAAUGAUUCACAGGCAAGGACUUGUGAGUCCCUCACAGCAAACUCUCUCCCCCUGGCCAACACUGAUAUCUCAGAACAACUCAAUAUGCUAAAAGAACUGAAGCUAAAAGUAGCAGCAAAACUCCUAAGGAGUCAAAUACCCAACAACGUCCCUCCGCCUCCAUCGUCAGGUCUUGUCCUAAAAUAUCCUACUUGCCUAAAGUGUGGCCGAUGGUCAGGGAUUAACUGCUGUCAUAAGUUCCAGUCUGCUUUUGGGCCCUCUCUUCUUAUCUAUCCGAAGCUCCACCUUUUAAGGACCCCUGAAGGCCAUGGUGAGGUUCAGUGUCAUCUUGCUUUUAAAGUGGAAUCUGGGAAAAGACCUCAAGUCUCAAAGUACCGAAGAAGAAACCGAGCAGGUCCACGGAAAGGCACUACAUUACCACCACGACAGAAACCUAAAACCUCUAAUGUGGCUUCUAGAAGUCCUGCUCUUAAAAGAGAUUUCCAGUCCAGUUCAUCCCCAUCUGCUGCUUCUGUCCAAGGCCACAUUAGACAAACGCAAUGGGGCAGCAGAGGUGUGGGAGCGAAGACAGAGGCCAAAGACAAUAAAAUUUGUCAGGAUGGAACACGGGACAAAUCAAGGCUCAGAAAGAGCUCUCCCUUAAAAUAUCCAAAGAAGACAACCACUAAGGGGCCUAAAACAGAAAACACAAACCUCUACAAAAAAAGUGGCAUGACCAAAGAGAAUCCUUCCAGAACACGGACAGAUCUGUCUAAAAACAAGAGUAUUACAUCCUGUCAAGAAAGCACCAGUUCUUCAAAGAAACAGCCUGAGAAAUCCUCCAAGCCCAAGUUCAUCCAACUGCCUUUUCAGGGCCUAAGGUCUAAGAUACUCCAAAAAUCACUUAGAAUUUUACAUAGUUUUAGACAGAAGUUUGAGGACAGGACAAAGCCAGACAAUUGGUGCUCAAGCAAAAAUAUGCACACCAAACAAACUGCCAAGGACUCUUGCCCAACACGGGCCAGCACGCCAGUUGCCAAGCACAGGGCAACAGGUUCGAUCCCUAAGCAAGAGGACAAAUUGCAGGAGACAAGUGACCAACGCACACAAGCUCAACAGUCGAAACAAGUGAACGCUCUCCAACCCAGACCUCUGCAGUUACAGAAGACCAUGAUCUCUAAAAGAGAUGUCUCUAUCCAGGAUAAAGACAGUAGUCGAGCAAAGAAAAACUACAGUGAUGACAUCCCCAUCUCAGAGCUUAAGUCCAAUGUAGGAGCCGAAUUUCAGGCCCAAGAGAAAAUAGUGGCUGACUCCCCCUUGAAUAAAACCCUGCAGAGUCAUUUUAAAGAGAAGCGCACACAGGAGGAGGAACAUCACGGCUUCUUCGGGGAGAGAGCCCUAUGUUAUAAGUCUGAAAGAGCCCAUCGCAGCCUCUCUGAGAGAACUCCUCGAAAUGUCUCUGAGAAGAGACAUUACAGUCCUUCUCAGAGAAAGCACAGCAGUCCCUCUGAGAGAACCCUCAGAAGUCUCCCUGACAGGCGUCAUCACAGUCCCGCACAUCAAAGUCUCUUCAAGGAAAGAGGUCACAGUCAAUCAGAAAGGAGACAAUCUAGUCCUUCUCAGCAAAGCCCUUGGAGUCCCUCAAGGAGAAGCCAUCAGAGUCCCUCAGGGAGAAACCUUUGUGGUCCUCCAGAGAGAAGAGGACACAGUCCCUCUGCAAAGAGUCCACACAGUCUUUCUGGGAGGAGCCAACAGAGUUCCUCUCCUCAGAGGUGUCCCAGUCCCUCAAAAAGCUUCUACGUUAAUCUCACCCAGAGGACAGGAGGCAGUUCUUUGGAAAGGACCCAUGGUCAUCUCUCUGAAAAAACCUCUUCCAGCCCCUCUGGCAGGAAAAGUCAUACCUCUUCUGAAAGAACGCCCUACUUAAUAUGCAAUGACACGGUACACAGGCCUUCUUCCAAACUCAUCCGCCGUCCUGAGCAGACUCACUCCAGUCCUUCUGAGCCCUUCAGCAGUCACUCUGAGAGGAGCCAGAGCAGUCCCACUGAUAUAGAUACACAGUUGCUUUGGAGCAGGUUGUAUGCACAAGCUGGCCAUGAAUCAGGGAGUGGCAGUAGCUGGUGCCAUCUGGCCACCUGA